AUGUUACGACGGUCGUCCCUCUGGUUUGCACCCAAGUCGGCACCUCCCUUUAAGUUUGUCCCACUGUUGCCUCAUCUUCACCACAAAGACACCGAGUACACAUUGGUAACAAAAGAUUACGUAUCUGUUGUCAAUCCCGGUGCCGGGUUACCGGAAAUUCUAAAGGUGGAAGCGGCAGGAUUAACAUUGCUCGCCUCUCGUGCCAUUGGCGAUGUGCAACAUUUCCUCCGCCCAUCACACCUGGCGAGCUUAAGAAGCAUUUUUGAGGAUCCGGAAGCGAGUGACAAUGACCGUUUUGUUGCGCUGCAGCUUAUAAAGAAUGCCAAUAUUGCAGCAGCUCGGAUUCUCCCUGGUUGCCAAGACACGGGCACCGCAAUUAUUGCAGGUUACAAGGGGGAGCAGGUGUUUACCAACGGAGAUGAUGAGGAGGCGCUGAGCCGCGGUGUGCAUCAUAUUUAUACGACGACGAAUUUGCGCUACAGUCAGAAUGUUCCGCUUACCAUGUACGACGAAAAGAACACCGGAUGCAACCUUCCCGCACAGAUAGAUCUCUACGCAACAAAGGGAUGUGAGUACGAAUUCUUUUUUGUGGCUAAAGGCGGCGGGAGUGCGAACAAGGCAUUUUUGUUCCAGGAAACAAAAUCUGUUCUCAAUCCCAAGUCGCUGCGCAAUUUUCUGGAGGAAAAGAUUUCGACGAUUGGUACUUCCGCUUGUCCACCAUAUCAUAUGGCCGUCGUUGUGGGAGGAACCAGUGCUGAGAUGACAAUGAAGGCGGUGAAGUACGCUUCCUGCAAGUAUCUGGAUGAACUCCCAACGAAGCCUGAUGAAUCGAAGGGUUAUACCUAUCGCGAUCUGGAAAUGGAACAAAUGGUUAUGGAUAUUUGCCGCAAUAUUGGCAUGGGCGCACAGUUUGGUGGGAAGUAUUUUGCCCACGAUGCACGCGUCAUCCGCAUGCCACGUCACGGUGCCAGCUGCCCCAUCGGAAUUGGCGUUAGCUGCAGUGCGGACCGCCAAGCACUUGCUAAAAUUAACAAAGAUGGCAUUUGGGUCGAGAAACUUGAAAUGGACCCAGCGAAGUAUCUGCCAGAGGUAACGGAGGAUCAAUUACUUAAGGUGCCACCAGUGAAGAUCGACUUGAACAUGCCCAUGGACAAAAUACGUGCAGAGCUCUCGAGACACCCCGUGAAGACGCGCCUGUCUCUCACUGGAACCAUCAUCGUAGCCCGUGACAUCGCGCAUGCCCGUAUGCGGGAAAUGUUGGAGAACAAUAAACCCCUUCCAGAUUACAUCAAGAACCACCCGGUAUAUUAUGCCGGUCCUGCCAAGCGACCAGAGGCGUUGGCAUCCGGUUCCUUUGGGCCAACCACAGCGGGCCGUAUGGACCCGUUUGUGGAUCUCUUCCAGGCAAAUGGCGGGUCUUUCGUCAUGUUGGCUAAAGGCAACCGUAGCAAACGUGUGACUGAGGCAUGUAAGAAGUACGGUGGGUUUUACCUUGGAAGUAUUGGGGGACCUGCCGCGUUGCUAGCAAUGGAUUCCAUUCGCAAAGUGGAAGUACUUGACAUGGAGGAACUGGGAAUGGAGGCGGUAUGGAAGAUUGAAGUUGAGAACUUUCCCGCAUUUAUUGUUGUGGACGAUAAGGGUAAUGACUUCUUCCAACAGCUCAGGUAG